AUGUCGAACCUCGGAGCUGGCCUGAAGCAACAGCACUGGGACCUCAACACCAUGCCCAAGUUCGAGAAGUCGUUCUACAAGGAGGACCCUGCCGUCGCUGCGCGCUCUCAAGCCGACGUAGACGCCUUCCGUCGCGAGAAGCAGAUCGCCAUCACCGGCAAGAAUGUGCCCAAGCCGGUCGAGACCUUCGACGAGGCCGGCUUUCCAGGCUACGUCAUGAACGAGGUGAAGGCUCAAGGCUUCCCUCACCCCACCCCCAUCCAAUCCCAGGGCUGGCCUAUGGCUCUUUCCGGUCGUGAUGUCGUCGGUAUUGCCGAGACCGGUUCUGGAAAGACUCUCACAUACUGCCUGCCCGCCAUCGUCCACAUCAACGCCCAGCCGCUCCUCGCACCUGGCGACGGCCCCAUCGUCCUCAUUCUCGCCCCUACCCGUGAACUCGCGGUGCAGAUUCAAGAAGAAGUCAGCAAGUUCGGCAAGUCGUCGAGGAUUCGCAACACCUGUGUGUACGGCGGUGUGCCCAAGGGCGGCCAAAUCAGAGAUCUCGCUAGAGGCGUGGAGGUCUGCAUCGCCACCCCAGGCCGCCUCAUUGACAUGCUCGAAUCUGGCAAGACCAAUCUCCGACGUGUAACUUACCUCGUCCUCGACGAAGCCGAUCGUAUGCUGGACAUGGGGUUCGAGCCGCAGAUUCGCAAGAUCAUUGGCCAGAUCCGUCCCGAUCGCCAGACUUGCAUGUGGUCCGCCACCUGGCCAAAGGAAGUCCGACAGCUCGCAUCCGACUACCAGCAAGACUUCAUCCAGGUCAACAUCGGUUCCCACGACCUCGCCGCCAACCACCGCAUCACCCAAAUCAUCGAGAUUGUUUCCGACUUCGAGAAGCGUGACCGCAUGCUUAAGCAUCUUGAGGGAAUCAUGCAAGAGAAGGAGAAGAACAAGAUCCUCGUCUUCACCGGCACCAAGCGCGUCGCCGACGACAUCACUCGCUUCCUCCGCCAAGACGGCUGGCCCGCCCUCUCCAUCCACGGCGACAAGCAGCAAAACGAGCGCGACUGGGUGCUCAACGAAUUCAAGACGGGCAAGAGCCCCAUCAUGGUUGCCACCGAUGUGGCUUCCCGUGGUAUCGAUGUCAAGGACAUUACUCACGUGUUCAACUAUGACUACCCCAACAACACCGAGGACUACGUCCAUCGUAUCGGCCGCACUGGACGUGCUGGUCGCGAGGGCACGGCCAUCACGCUCUUCACUACUGACAACUCGAAGCAAGCGCGCGAGCUCGUGCAGAUCCUCAAGGAGGCCAAGCAGCAGAUCGACCCUCGUCUUGCCGAGAUGGCUCGCUUCGGCGGCGGGGGCGGUGGUGGCCGCGGCUACGGAGGAGGUCGUGGUCGUGGGCGUGGAGGAUGGACGGGCAGUAACACUGCUCCGCUCGGCGGCUCGCGUCGCUGGUAG